CCCCUCCUCCUCCUCCUCCCCCAUCCUCUCUCUUCUCGGCUGCCUCUGCCCCCCUUUUUUCUCCAGUGGAAGACAAACGCUUUUUAUUCUUUCUCUCCACGUUUCACCCCAACAUGAUUUGGUCCCACCAUCUUUUUAAAAAAUAUAUAAAUCAGCUCAUCACAUGUGUCACGUUGUUACACGUUCGCUGCCGCCUCUAAAUCAGUGUUGAUGCUGCUGCUCCUGCAGCCUCCUCUGAAAACUGCUCCUGCCUACAAAUUCACUGCUUUUGCCCCUUUUUCUCUUCAUUGUUUGCUCCAUCCAUUGCUCACCCUCCCUCUCUCAUUUUUUUUUUUGUUUCUCAGCAUCCCUCCCUGGGAACCCACCCACCCCUCUUUUCAGUAUUUCAUGUUCUCUGCAUCUCUUCCUCCUAAAAUUCAUCUCUUUGUGCCAAUUUGCCUCCAGUUUUAGGUCCAUCGUUCGCCUCUUAUUUUUUCUUUCAGCCAGGGGUUUCCCACUUUACAUCCAAGAUGUGACCGGACUUUUAAAAAGCCCUCCUCUUCAGUCCGUGCACCCACUGCAAGGACUUUUUUUUGUACUCUUUGCCUUGGUAAUCUGGACUGGGUUCAGGCUGCUGUUCUGAACAAGAAAUUAGAUUUUUGUUGGCGGGGUUGGUACCACAAGUCGAGCCUCUCUUGUUGGGGGGGUUGGUACCACAAGUCGAGCCUCUCUUGUUGGGGGGGUUGGUACCACAAGUCGAGCCUCUCUUGAGCUGACCGAGCGAAGGUGUCAGACCCGUCUAAUCCGCGGUAACAGAUUAAUUAUCUCGGAGCAAUAUCAUGUCACUGUGGUGAUGCGAAGUCAUUUGGGAGUUAAGCGACGAAGGGGCAACAAUGCAAUGUUAAAAAGUCCCUCAGGGGUGUCUCCUCAAUCUUAAUCCCUCCCUCCCCUCCCCUCUACUCGCCCCCCCCCCUCUCUUUCUCUCGCUCACUCGCUCGCCAAUUCGCGCUCGUUGAGAGCUCCUCUCCCAUCCAUCAACACAAGCACCUCUUCUCUGUCACCAGACAACCACACAAUUAUUGACCCUUUAAUAUUUCAGUAAACUGACGGAGUCGCUGGUAUCCCCUCACUCCUCCCUCUUCUGAUUGUGGCAACAUUUAUAUUUUUUAGGCAUGUCUCUGAGUGGGUUUUUUUUCAGGAUGAUGAAUUUUCAAGAGCAUCAAGCGCUAACGGCAGCCACCAUACCUCUCUGAGUGGGUAAAUAUUUCACGGGCACCAGCAGAGAGAAGAGACAUAAGGAGAGAGAAAAUCCCCCUCAUCAGUCGACAGAGGGUGGAGGAGGGGACAGCUGGCAGUAAAAUAAAAAACUAAUAAAUUUUAAAAAUGGCUGCCAUGACAACAGUGCCCAGCUACACUGCUUCGAUAUGGGUGAGGAUGUGUCACGCUCUGCCCCGGCUGGACUUCGGCAUGCAGAUGAGGGAUAACCUCUUCGUCCCGGACAGCUGGGAGUACCAGCAGACUUUGCUGGUUCUGUCCAGCCUGUCGGCCAUCGCUCUCGUCAUCUCCCUCUUGGUGGUUCUCUCCUUCCUCAUACACUACUGCUGCUGUCACCGUGGUGACCGGAGCGAGGGCUCUGAGGAGGAGGAAGAUGAAGACGGGAGCACGGGUCACGGUUACAGUGGGAAAAAGGGGAAGGGCAUCUGCUGCGUCACAUGGGUGGCGGUCGCUGCCGUAACGCUGUGCUGCGUUGCCAUAGGCAUCGGUUUCUAUGGCAACAGCGAGGCUAACGAUGGGAUGUAUCAGUUGACCUCGUCUCUUCUCACAGCCAAUUACACGCUAGCUUCCAUCGAUCUGCUGAUUUCAGACACGAUUUCCGGACUGCAGCUCUCCGUCUCCGGCCCUCUUGCCUCCAUGGAGGAGCUGUUCUCCGGCAGUAAACCCUUCUUGGUGUCGACGCGGAACUGCCGGAGGUUGUCGGAGAACGUGAUCAGCCUCCUGUCCUCCAUCUCCCUGGCUCGGCCCAGUGUGGAUGCGGGGCUGCUGGGGAACGACAGCGGAGUCAGCGGGGCGUCCAUCACGCCUCUAACGCCUGUCCCACCCUCCGUGGCUCCCACGGUGGUGCCCACCAGCAACUUACUGCCCAACCCCUUCUCCCCGGGCUGGGCGGCCAACACGCUUAUGGUCAACGAGGACUACAGAUGGCUGUCGUACGUCCUGCUGCUGCUGCUCGACCUCAUCGUGUGUCUCUUCAUCCUGCUGGGACUGGCCAAACAGGCCCGCUGGCUGCUCAUCCUGAUGACCGUGCUGGCAUGGCUGUUCCUCUUCCUGAGCUGGGGCUCCCUAGGUUUGGAAACGGCCACUGUGGUGGCUCUCAGCGACUUCUGCUCAGAUCCGAACUCUUUCGUCCUGAACUCCACCCAGUUCAACAUGGGGACCAGCUCAGAUGUGUUGGAUUAUUACCUGACCUGCAGCCGGCGCAUGAACAGUCCAUUCCAGCAGCUGCUGACCCAGUCUCAGAGGGCACUCUCAAACAUCCACUCCCACCUUUCCAGUCUGGACAGAAAUGCUCUCCCGCAGUUUCCCAAAGCUGAGAAAUCUCUCAGGGAGGUCCAGCAGAUCCUCAACUCCACGGAGGGAAACUUCCAUCAGCUGGUGGCGCUGCUCAACUGUCGCGGCCUCAACAAGGACUACAUCGACUCCCUGAAAGGCCUGUGUUACGACGGGAUGGAGGGGCUGCUCUACCUUUCCCUUUACUCCUUCCUGUCGGCAUUGGCCUUCACCGCCAUCCUCUGCGCUCUGCCCGGAGCCUGGAGGAGCUUCCCCAGUGAAUCAGAGGAGUACGACGACUCGGACAGCGAGAGUGAGGACCCCUUCACCUCCCAUCAGGCACGUAGACAGGCGUCCUCGGGGUCUCAGCGAGGGGCCGUGACCCCCUUCUAUAAUUACCCGGGGGCCGGGUGGACACCCCCCUUUUCUAGCGCGCCGCCCCUCCCGACUCCAAACGUUUCCUCCAAUGGCAACCCUGGCUAUGAGAGCCUACCCCUGACUGACAGGCAGUCCCCACCCCCCUCUUACUCUCCCAGCAUGCUGACUGGUUAUGGGGGAAAUCAAUCACACCCUAACCCACCCCAUUCGAGGAACCUGUAUUCACGUUAAAAAAAAAGGUUAGAAAAUGUAUAGAAAAAAAGGUUUAGUUUUCAUAUGAAUGGACACUUUAAUGAAAUGGGGAAAAAAGAUACUAAUCUAAAUAAAAUGAAUGCUAGAUGUAAAUUUAAAGUGUGUAACGUCAGUACCACCGAAAAUUAUUAAUAAAAGCACUUAAAAGAAACAGUUCUGAAAGGACUGCUGAUGGUACCAGCUGGCAUAGUGCUGGUUUUGUGCAAAGCUAUAAAUCAAGACCACUUGGUCUCGUUUUCUUUUCUUUGUGUGUCGAAACUGUGUGUAAACUGUGAACAGUGACAAGGCGAGUCAGAAUGGUAUUGAUGCUACUGCGUUGUAGUUUUAUAUUCUUACAUGUAUCUGUAUCACCAAGUUAUUUUCAUGUUUUUAUAUGAAUAUUGUGAAGAAAAACUCUGGCACGUAGCAAAACACAUUUUGUUUUCUGUGAAUGGUCAUGCAGUUCCUUCACUUGGUAUAUUUUUUUUAUUAUUACUUUUUAUAGGUGGCAGUUCUGUAUUUCUCUUGUACUACCUUACAGUGGUACUCUGUAUAUUUCACUGUCUACAGCAAUCUUGAACCAUCUUUCUUAAAACAGUAGUUCAGAUAUUUGGAAGUGGGGUUCUGUGGAACAGUUUUUUAAAAAUGACCUUACUGCUGUACAUAGCUAUUUAAACAGGUACACUGUCUGGAGAAAUAAAACUAAUAGCUUGAUGAGCUACCAGCCAGCCUAAUGAGUUCACUGCUAAUUUAACAAGCCAACGGCUAGUCCACUGAGCUAACGGCUAGUUUAACAAGUUAACGGCUAGCUCAACAAGCUAAUGGCUAGCUCAAUAAGUUGCUAAUGACUAGUUUGACAAGCUAAGGGCUAGUCCAACGUAAUAAUGGCUUCCCCAACAAGCUGCUGGCCAUCCUAAUCAGACAACUGCUAGUCUGACAAGCUAAUGCUGUUACAGUUGUCCUCGGAGGUUGUGGUUUUGGACUCCCGAGUUGUAAUUUUCAAGUUUUGAGUUUCUUUUCGAGUCGAGAGGUUGGCACAAAAGGACCUCAGCAGCCUGAGCGUCAUCAUUUCAACAUGGCUGCACCUUGCAUCAACAGAGACUGCUUGUCCAAUAAGCCAAUGGAUAGUUUCACAAGCUAACAACUAGCCAAAUGAGCUAAUGGCUGGCUCAAUAAGUAGACUGCUACUCUGACAAGCUCAUGGCUAGCCCAGCUAAGCUAAUGGCUAGUUCAAAGAGCUAACAGCUAAGUUAGCUCAAGCUUGCCCAGUAAGAUAAAUGCUAGUCCAACGAGCUAAUGCCUGGCUUUGCGAAAUGACUGCUAGUCAGAAGAGCUAAUGACUUGUUCGAUGAUUUAAUGGCUGGCCAAAUUAAACAACUGCUAUUUAGAAGAGCUAAUGGCUAGUUUGACAAGCUAACAGCUGGUCUGAUGCGCUAACUGCUAGCCAAAUAAGCUAAUGGCUGGGUUGAGUGAACUUCUUGUCUGACAAGCUAAAUGCUAGUCCAAGGCAUUAGCUCAUAGUUCUAGUAAGAAUUAAACGUUUUCUCUAAACUGAUGUCCUUCAAAGAUUUAUUUGCAUCAAGCUAGUUUUAACUGUUCAUAACUUUUCUACACAGCCCCACUGUUAAAGAUCUGAACUAUUCCUCUUUAGAAAAUAUAUUUUAAAAAAUUUCAGGGCUUCUAAAACCCUUUUAAAAAUGGAGAACCAUGUGAGUCUUGAGAGUAGACGACUACAAAUCCCAUGCAACAACAGCAGGUACAUAGCAAUAUGAUUCUUGCUACUGGUGCUGCAGUAGCUCUACCGUAACGAGCAAUAAUAACUAUGUAUAGCAUUGGGUUUCUGAGAUUUCUCCAAGAUGUUUUGUGUAUAUAUGAUACAGUUUGAGAUUUCAUUGAACCCCACUCCUCCCCUUCCUUUACCAAAUGUUAAUCCUUGAAUUGAGUUUGUAUGGUUAUCAAUGCUCCUUUUGAAUGGCAUCCUUUUACACUCAAGAGUCUAAUAUAAAUAAAAAUAACUUCAAUAACCUGACAA